AUGUAUUUACAGAGAGCUUAUCCUAGACAAGAGCAAAUCAGCAGAUCCAGUGAAAGCUACCCAUGGCCGUGGCAAUGCAAGAUCUGUGGAGCAAGAGCGGCAAGUUACAAAGAGCUGCGUUAUCAUACGCAAGCACGCCACAAGACAGACGGCUGUUUCAAAUGUGAAAUUUGCUCCUAUUCGUCACCACAGACGUCUGACGUCAAGAAGCACAUGAGAAAACACACCGGAGAGAAACCAUUUAUUUGUCAAAAAUGCGGGAAAGCAUUCGCCGACCAUUCAAAUAUGAGGAAACAUCAGGCGGUUCAUUUGAAGUGGGGACGAUUGCAUUGUCACCAAGACGAGGCCCACUCUGAAGGAAAAGAGGAGGUGCAUGAAGAACCAGCCGAUGAUAGAAAAGAAAGUUUAGAAGAAACCUACAAAAUAGAAGUAGCAGAAGACGUUGCAUCAACUCAUGAAGUGGAAGGAAGUGAUGUGGACUGGAAGCAAAUCAGGAAUUUGAUCGACAAUGGAAAAAGGCAGGCCCUGUCCAGAAGUCCAAGGAUGCCUCAUGAAUGUCCUAAGUGCGACAACACCUUCGAAUUUACGGAGGAAUUGAAACUGCAUGACCUGCAAUGUCAUCCGUCCGAAUCUGAUGAUGUACCUCAAAAUCAUGAAAAGAAAUAUCGGUGUGAAUUGUGUGACAAAAUGUUCAUGUUUCCGUGUGCACUGAAAUCUCACAUGCGCGGCCAUACAGGAGAAAAACCAUUCGCUUGUAAAACCUGUGGGAAAGUUUUUUCUAGUAAGGGUAACUUGAAAGAACACAUAAAGUGGCGACAUAGUGGACAAGUGAGGAACUACACCUGUGAUGUAAAAACGUGUGGGAAAGGUUUUCUGCGAAAACCUGAUCUCGCUCGGCACAACUUCUCUGUUCAUAGUAAGCAAAAACCCCAUGAGUGUGACAUUUGUCGGCGACGUUUUGCUGAUAAGGGUAACCUUAAGAAGCACAAGGUGACUCACUCACAGACACGCCCAUAUGUUUGUGAAAUUUGUGGAAAAGGUUUCACGCAAAAUUUCUAUUUCGGCGUGCAUAUGAGGAAUCAUACAGGAGAGAAACCAUUCGCUUGUGAUAUUUGUGGGGAAGCAUUCGCUAGUAAACAGGAGGUGAAAAGACAUAUGCAAAAGAUCCAUUCGAAAUGA